UAUUUAUAUCUCCUGUUUGUAUGCAGAUAAAAUUACAGAAAGAAAAGAAAAGAAUGAGAGAUAUCUAACAUUUAAUGUGAGAAAACAACAAGAACCCACAGCUCUCUAAGAACUUGACAUACUCCAUAUAUCAUAUCUUUAGCCGUCUAUAGCUCUAUCUUUACUCCUAUCUAGGUUUAAAUUUUCAACAGUUUCUUUGCACUUACUGUUGUUUCUGUCUCUUUCCCUUUUUUUUUCUUCUUUUGUAAAGCUGUUUUUGGACGCAUGGACAACUGAUUAUCUCGAUAGCUUCAGUUAAGAUCCAAGGGAGAUAAGGACCUUCGCAGCUGGCUAUAUAUCUCGUUUCUUUUGGUGGGGUGGUACUUGUUUUACAGCCAUGGCGAACCGAUGGUGGGCCGGGCAGGUGGGUCUACCUGGGAUGGAUCACACAUCAUCCAGCUCAUCGUCUCCGAUGAAGAAACCAGAUCUAGGUAUUUCCAUGUCCAACAACAAUAGAGAAGCAAUCGAGAGCGGUAGGAGAGAAGAGGAGCAAGAAGAAGAAAGAGAACACAGCGAUGAACCUAAAGAAGGAGCCAUAGACAUCGCCACUCGCCGUCCUAGGGGUCGUCCACCAGGAUCAAAAAACAAACCUAAACCACCCAUUUUUGUCACCAGAGAUAGCCCUAAUGCUCUCAAAAGUCAUGUACUCGAGAUAGCUAAUGGGUCUGAUGUAGCUGAGAGUUUAGCUUGCUUUGCAAGAAAGAGACAAAGAGGUGUUUGUGUCCUCAGUGGAAGCGGUAUGGUUACUAAUGUAACUCUUAAGCAACCAUCUGCGCCAGGAGCUGUCAUGGCUCUACAUGGAAGGUUUGAGAUUUUGUCACUGACCGGAGCUUUCUUACCCGGACCAGCGCCACCAGGAGCGACGGGAUUGACUAUAUAUUUAGCCGGAGGGCAAGGGCAAGUGGUGGGAGGUAGUGUGAUGGGACCAUUGAUGGCAUCAGGUCCAGUUAUGGUGAUUGCAGCAACGUUUUCGAAUGCUACUUAUGAGAGAUUGCCGCUGGAGGAGGAAGAGGAGGAGGGUGGUGGUGAGAGAGGCGGCCAAGGGCAGAUAGGAGGUGGUGAAGACGGUGGUAGUGGGGGAAUGGGGGAUCCGGCGGCUGCAUCAACGGCAGUGUAUAAUAACUUGCCUCCAAAUUUGGUGCCAAAUGGGGGACAAUUGAAUCUUGAGGGAUAUGGAUGGGCUCAUGGCAGGCCACCCUUUUAGAAGGAGAUUGAUGGGAAUUGAAGAGAAGGAUUCGAUUCGUCUCAUCGUCUAUGUUGGGAAUUAUUGAGAGACAAUGAAGUUAUUAGGGAUGAAUAAAUUAAAGAGACUCAAUCAUGGUCUAUAUAAAUCUUGUAUAUUUCUCUUGCUAUGUGACUAUGGCCUUUCACUUGAUUUUGUAGUACAAUUAUUUCUUCUGCUUCUUCUCCUGUGAACUUUACGAACAAUAUAGCUCGGACUUGAGCUCUUUGAUUUUUAAAGACGAAUAAAUAAUAUUGUCUCUUUAAAAUUGUGUAGGAAA